CGCGCGCUGCACACCGGAGCACGAGCACGAGACAUGCCUCCGUUUGAGCGCGCGCAGGUCCACGGGUCCACGAGGGCCUUCAAACAGCGCAAGAGCUUCGCCACGAGGAAACAGGAGGCGGCGGGAAUCAGGACCAAGUUCCCCAACAAGAUCCCGGUGAUCAUCGAACGUUAUGAAAAAGAAAAGUUUCUUCCUCCUUUGGACAAAACCAAGUUCCUGGUUCCUCAUGAACUCACCAUGACCCAGUUUGUGACCAUCAUCAGGAACCGUAUGGCUUUACUUCCGUCUCAGGCAUUUUACCUCCUGAUCAACAGCAGCGGCCUCCCCAGUAUGUCCCUGACCAUGGCCCAGGUUUAUAAAGAGCAUCAGGACGAGGACGGCUUCAUUUACAUGACCUACGCCUCACAGGAAAUGUUUGGAUCCUGACCCCGACCUGUGACCCCGACCUGCGACCUGUGACCUGUGACCCCGACGCUUUUACUGUUUAAAGUGUGUAGAUAAAAACAUUGUGUGUAAAUAUUGUGAUGUUUCAUGUUUUAAUGUGAACUAAUAAAUGUGGAUUUAAAACA